AUGUGGAUUUACCUUGCAACAACUUCUUUGUUUCUUUUAUGUAAGGUUUGUGCAAUAAACGGUGCUGCCAUAUAUGAUGCCGGUUCCAUAAAUCAGAACUUUCAGGAAGGUCUAAAUGAACCUUUGGAAACACCACUACCACGAGUGCCUUCACCACACAUCAUAGACGAUGCUUUUUCAUCAUUGAAUAAAUGGCGCAACUCAGACGACUUAUCAAAACAGAAAAUUCUGUCCUCGUUUUUGAAAGAAAUACCGGUUCUAACUAAUGGCUACGCCAUAAACCAAUAUCCACUCAGUAAACGCCAUCCAAAUUUUGGUUUUAUGGGCAGUAGAGGAAAGAGAACCCAAGAUGAUAUUGGUGCAAGUGACUUUUUGAAUACUAUUCGACCUGGAUUUAGACGAGCAUUAGAAACAUUACGAAGUCAACAGAUGCAGGGACUUUCUCCAGAACUGUCAAAUAGUAAACGUCAACCUGCAUUCGGAUUCCAUGCUGUACGGGGAUAA